GUUUGAGGAGGUUUAUAUAAAGCCGCCAUCGUCCUUCGCUUCUUCUCAACCUUGAAACCAAAAUCGCCAUUACACUUUGCUUCCAUCUUUCCGCUCAUUGUCUGUUAGCCUUCUCAUUCUUCCAACUCUCCGCUCGCUCGCUCGAGUUUCUCCAAAGCCUUAGAAGAAGACAUGAAGUACGUGCUGGUGACCGGAGGAGUGGUGAGCGGCCUCGGAAAAGGAGUGACGGCGAGUAGUAUAGGUCUCAUUCUUCAGGCCUGCGGACUUCGUGUUACUUCCAUCAAGAUAGAUCCUUACUUGAAUAUCGAUGCCGGAACAAUGUCUCCUUUUGAACAUGGUGAAGUAUUUGUCUUGGAUGAUGGUGGUGAGGUGGAUCUAGAUCUUGGGAACUAUGAGCGUUUCCUGGAUAAUAAGCUGACGCGGGACAACAAUAUAACUACUGGAAAAAUUUACCAGUCUGUUCUUGAAAAGGAGAGAAGAGGAGAUUAUUUGGGUAAAACUGUUCAGGUUUGUCUUAUUUUUGGAGUUUCUACUUUGUGUUCUUCGUAUAUGGUGUCAGUUUGUUACAUGUAUGAUACAAUCCUUGUUCAGGUUGUCCCUCACAUUACAGAUGCCAUUCAAGAAUGGAUUGAACGCGUAGCAGCCAUUCCAGUUGAUGGAAAAGAUGGCCCAGCUGAUGUAUGUGUCAUAGAACUGGGUGGAACUAUAGGUGACAUUGAGUCGAUGCCAUUUAUUGAGGCUUUAGGACAAUUCUCAUAUCGCGUUGGUACUGGGAACUUUUGCCUGAUACAUGUUAGUCUUGUGCCGGUUUUGAGUGUUGUUGGUGAGCAGAAAACAAAGCCAACUCAGCACAGUGUAAAGGGAUUGAGAAGCCUGGGAUUGACACCAAAUAUCUUAGCAUGUCGGAGCACUACGCAACUUGAUGAGAAUGUCAAGGAGAAACUUUCCAAAUUUUGCCAUGUUCCGGUAGAGAAUAUUGUCACUCUUUAUGAUGUUUCCAACAUCUGGCAUGUUCCUUUGUUGCUAAGAGACCAGAAGGCGCAUGAGGCCAUUUUGAGAGCCCUGAACCUCAAAGAAGUUGCAAAGGAACCUGAAUUGAGAGAAUGGACAUCUCGUGCUGAACUUUGUGACUUGCUACAUGAACCCGUAAGAGUCGCCAUGGUUGGAAAGUACAUGGGGCUGUCAGAUUCUUACCUCUCUGUACUGAAGGCUCUUCUGCAUGCUUCUGUAGCUUGCCGCAGGAAACUUUGCAUAGAUUGGGUCCCAGCUGGCGAUCUCGAGGAUAUUACUGCAAAAGAGAAUCCUGAUAAUUAUAAGAGUGCUUGGGAUCUCUUGAAGGGUGCAGAUGCGGUACUUGUUCCUGGCGGGUUUGGGGACAGGGGUGUGGAAGGUAAAAUACUUGCAGCCAAGUAUGCUCGGGAAAACAGGAUUCCGUACCUUGGAAUAUGUCUUGGAAUGCAAAUCGCUGUAAUUGAGUUUGCUCGAUCGAUUCUUGGUUUAAAAGACGCAAACAGCACUGAGUUUGAUCCAAAUACUCAGAAUCCCUGCGUAAUUUUUAUGCCCGAGGGCUCAAAAACCCAUAUGGGUGGGACUAUGCGGCUUGGAUCCAGGAGGACAUAUUUUCAGGUCGCAGACUGUAUUUCCGCUAAAUUAUAUGGCAAUAACGACUUCGUUGAUGAAAGACAUCGCCAUAGAUAUGAGGUAAAUCCCGAAAUGGUUGAGCAGCUCGAAGCUGCCGGUCUUUGUUUCACGGGCAAAGAUGAAAGUGGUCGUCGCAUGGAGAUUUUUGAACUGUCUAAUCACUCUUAUUUCGUCGGGGUUCAAUUUCAUCCCGAGUUCAAAUCAAGACCCGGAAAACCUUCUGCUUUGUUCGUAGGGCUGAUAGCAGCUGCGUCUGGGCAACUCAACGGCCUUCUUAAGAAGAGCGCGAGUGGGUUGAGCAACGGCCACUCGCCAAUAAAGCCACCGCACCAACAUGAAUAUGGAACCAAACUUGUCAAUGGCAUUCAUUGCAAUGGGAAUGGAGUUCAUAUCUGAAGGAGGAACUGAACUGAACUAAAAGAACUUUUCGGCUUUCUCAGGCUUUGAUAUUUACCUUUCUUCUAGCUUUCUUUCCAACAGAUAUGUAUAGCCAUGUUAGAGUGAAUAGGUUUACAGUGGCUCCUAUAAUAACUUGAAUCACAAGUUAGAGCUCGAUUCUGGUGUUCGUAUACAGCACAGGCCAGCCGUUUCUUCAGCCAAAAAAGAAAUGCUGGUUUUUAAAGCAGGCCUGCUUAGAACAAUUGGGAUGAUUUUACAUAUGAGUUUUUAUAGUUAGCAAGUUUUAAUCACUAGGUAUCCAAUGAUGUCUGUGAUUCCUAAUUGGCUGUUAGAAUGGAAUAUAUGUUAUUGGCACAUUGGUUUUAGAACUAA